AUGGUGCGGACGUCCUUCUACUUCCUUCUUCUCCUCGCCCAUGCAGUGCAAACCCAAUGUUAUAAGUUCCAACCCCACCAGAGCCUCAGCUCAAGCAAGCCCCCCCUCCUGGGGGACAUCCAAACGGAGAAGCACGAAAUAAAGUCCAAAGCGCUGAAGAAGCUGUUCCAACGAAGAUUAAUCCACUACGUCAGUGACGUAAAAGGUGUGGAUACCAUAUUGUAUCACAAUGAGACAGAACCGAAGAGAGAGAAGAGGAAAGCAGUCUACCUAGGAAUCGACGUCAACUGUAAGUAUCUCCACUUGGGGAACCUUGUGCAGUUAAUGACCCUCGACAUUUUGCGCAACUAUCAGACGGACGUGGUGGUUCUUCUUGGCGGCAGCACAACGAAGAUUGGGGAUCCCUCCUUUCAGCAGGCAGAACGGAGGAGGCCUUUCCACGAUGACAUAUGCGAGAAUGAAGAGAGUAUAAAAAAGAGCAUCAUUAGGUUUCUUCUGCGGGGGAGGGCGUCUAAUUUGGAGACUUCCGCGGUGGGGGCGCUUAACAUGGGCACUUCCCCAGGGGAGGAAUUUUCCAUCCACGAGCCCGAAAAAGGGUCGCUCACUAUAGUAAACAACAGAGAGUGGUACAAGCAGAUGGACUUGACUGACUUCCUAACCCACGGACAGCAUUUCCCUCUCAAUAGAAUCUUAAAAAAAGAAUGUUUUAAGGCCAAAUUGGGAGGGAACAAUUUAACGCUGAAAGAUCUUAACUACCUCAUUUUGCAGUCAUACGAUUUUGUCCAUUUGUAUAAAAAGUACCGGUGCUAUAUACAGAUAGGAGGGUCGGACCAAUGGGGAAACAUCCAAUCGGGCAUCGAACUCUGCCAACACAUGUGUAACACGCAGUUGUAUGGAAUGACAACCAAUUUGCUGCUUCAUAGGAAUAAUACGAAGUAUAGCAAAUCGCUUUUUGAGCAGAAUAGGACAAUGCCCAUCUGGAUUGAUAGAGAGUAUACCCCCCCUUUUCUUUUUUGGAACUUUUUACGAAAUAUCGAUGACCAGCAGGUUGAUUCGUACAUCUGUAUGCUGACCGAUUUGGAACUCCCACGUGGGGAUCAUACAAGUGAGAUUACUUCACAGGGGGAAGAGGAGCAGGAAGACCCUCUUGCUGCCCAGAUCAACCUAGCGAAGGAAAAACUCGCUGACUCAGUCACCACAUUUAUUUACGGAGCAGAAACAGUGCAGACGAUUCAUACACUAAUGAGACUGCUAAAGGAGGACCAGUUUUCUCUGAUUGACCGGGUAGACCAGCUAAAGGUCUUCCCCUUUAUCCUCAUCAACAGGGAUGACUUACACAGGGAAGAAGUUAGCAUUGUCCACAUUCUGCGAAAGUUCGAAGUGGCUUCAACUAAUAAAGAAGCCAAAGAGAAGUUAGCCCAGAGGUGCAUCUUUCUCAAUAAACAGCUCAUAGAUAAUGCUAAGUACCACUUACGUUUGCCCUCAUCAUUUGUAAGAGCCAUGGACGGAAAUUACUAUGCCAUUCUGGGGCUGGGAAAGAAGACGUACUACUCCAUAAUCGUGCAGUGA